GCGUGCUGUGCGUGCUGGAGAGCGCAAUGUGAAUUAGUCAGCGGCGCUAUAUUUUCACUCGACUCUGUGGCAUCAGCUGGACUAUCUGGACUAUCUGAACUAGCCGGACCGACUAUCUGGAAUAUCUGGAUCUGCGGGACCCCAUAAAUCGGCCACAAUGUCGGGCCCUCAGGACUACGAUCGCAAGUACCUGCGCAGCAUGCCGGGCCUGUGCAAGAUUGCCUGUUUGCUGUGCAGCUUUAUUGGAUUUCUGUGCAUCGUCUGCGGGCCGGUACGCGUGAGCAAUUUCCGCGGCAGCUUCUACCUGGCGGUGGUCUCCAUUGGCUUCGUGACCACGGCGGCCCUGCUCCUGGCCAGAUACCUCCGAAUGUGGCAGCGCCAGUUCUGCCGCUGCGAUCCCACGCUCUGGUCCCUGGCGGUGCACUCCUCGCUGGCCCUGGCCUACUUCACGGCCUCCGGACUCGUCCUGUCCCUGGACAUCGCGGCCUACACGGCGGCGGCGUUUUUCGGCCUGACAGCAUUUAGCAUCAACGGAUUGGAGGCCUAUGGAAACUAUAGGCGCAGUCGCCAGAGGGAGGUUUCCACCCAAACGAUAUAGACAUGGAUUCAGGUGCACAAGCCCAGCUUUUUCUGUGUUUUUUUUUGUGGGUUUGAAGCUUACUACUCCACUGUGGCAUGUGUGUGUGUGUGUGUAUCUGUGACUGAGAGCGUGAGUAUCUGUGUGAGCACGACUGAAUCUGUGUGUGCCAGAGAGUAUCGUUUGCAUUAAACUUUACGCAUUAAACAUAACUGUAAAGUCUGCUAGUUUAGUGCUAAAGGGCGGAAAAUGUGCAAAGUUACUGGAUGUAUUAUCUAAAAGUCGCUAGAUAUAGGUCAGGAAAAGAAGAAGAUAAAGUCAGUCGAUCGGGAAAUAACGUACAUAUAUACUGCAGAGAGAGAAAUGCCAGAGAGGAACCACUAACAACAGAGAGCAAAUGCCAAAGAGAUAAUUCUUAUUGUGCUGGUCUUCUGACUCUGCUUCUUCCUCUUUCCCUGAUAACUGGUUAACAAAGCGUAAAUAUAUAUACAAAUCUCUAUCUAUAUGUAUACAUAUCUGAACACAUUUUGCUGGUACCUUAGUUAAGUAAUAUUUGUGUGUCACAAGUAAAUAUACUUGUUAAUAGUUUGCUUGUAAAUAAACCUGCAGCACAAUAUGUAUAGCCUCUGAAUUGUUAUGUUUAUAAUUAUACAUAAAUUUUUGACAAUAU